UUGCUUAGAGAUCACAAACACCCUGGCCCCGAGAUGUGCGGCUGCAGAGCCAGCGUUCCCAGCACCAAGCAGUCCUCGGUCCAUCAGCCAGCUCCUGCUUCCACCAAAAAAAGCCCUCCGGCCGCAGCAGACAUGCCCAAGCGGGUACCUAUAGCCAAGCAGCUGGCGUCAGUCAAAGCUCUAAGAAAAGGCUCAGACCUUGAAAAAGCUUUUGCUACCGCGGCUUUGGUGUAUAACAACUCUGCUGACCCCGAGGGCAAGCUCAGCAAAGCUGAAACCAAAAACCUGCUACAAACCCAGUUUGGGGGUUUCAUACGGGGCCAAGAAAACAAACCCAAGUACCAGGAAAUAAUUUCUGCCCUGGAUGAGGAGUUGGAGAACAAAAUUGAUUUUGAAGAUUUCAUGGUCUUGUUAGUCAGUCUCACUCUAAUGUCUGACCUGCUGCAGGAGAUCAAAAACGUGAAAACCACAAAAUGAUCAGUGCUUUAAAAGAAGCAAUGGCUUGGCACUUUAUAAGGAAAGCAGGAGUGAACCGCACGCGGAGAUAAAACUGAGUGCCUGGGUACCCUGUGCUGGUCCCUUUUAAAUGGAAUAAAGUCUCGUCCAAACCUGGCUGAACUCACUCCGCUAGAGAAAUGCUGACCUGUUCAUUGAGUGACCGCUGUGGAAGGAAUUUCAAGUCCAGCAUUUGCAGUGCGUCUUUGGCAGCGCUCUGCUUGUGUGAGCGAAGGCACAACUUAGUUAAACGUGUCAC